GAGAGAAGUGGGCACCAGUCUGGGAGCCCGCCCUCUUCCCCUGUCUAGGAUCCGGAGUGAUCUGCGACUCUUAAUUGUUGCUCCAGGUUCUUUCAGGUCUCCAUGUCUGUUGUCAGCACUUUGCAAGGCUAAAAAAGAGGAGGAAUCUUCAGAAUCUGUGCAGGACAGGAAAAGGAGGGGAAAUCUCUACAUGGAAAAACUCAGUGAAAAUGAAGGAAUGUCUCAGAACCAAGGAGAGAUGAAUACAAAACAGCCACAAGAUACGGGUAAGCCAGAAGUAGCUUGUACUUUGGACGACAAGGAAAAGUUAGAAAAUGAGAGAAAGAGAGAAGAUGAGGAAAUACUAAAGGAUAAGGAAAAAACAGAGAGUAUGACAAAGCCAAAAGACAGAAAGCCAGAGAGCGAGGGAAAGCCAAAAGAAGAAAAAUCAGAGAGUAAACCAAGGGCUGCCGGAAAGCGCCCAGCUGGGGAUGAUGUACCCAGGAAAGCCAAAAGAAAAACCAACAAGGUGCUGGCUCAGUGCCUCAAGGAAUAUAAGGAGGCCAUCCAUGAUAUGCAUUUGAGCAAUGAGGAGAUGAUAAGAGAGUUUGAUGAUAUGGCCAGGGUGGAGGAUGAGGUGAAGAAAACCAGACAGAAAUUGGGGGGUUUUAUGUGGAUGCAAAAAAGUUUACAGGACCCCUUCCACCUGAGGUGCCCAAGGGAACUCAGGGGUGGCUGCAGGGCCCCACAAAGAGGCUUUGAAGACAUUCCUUUUCUGUAG